AUGUUGACAGUGUCCCUGAGCUUUGGCACAGAGAAUUUCACUGCCAGGGUGUUUGCAAUCCUGUCAACAUUUUCCUUCAGUAUCUUCUACUCUACGGGUGGAUGGAUGUCAACUCCAUUCUUGUACCCCUCGGAGAUCUCGAUUUUGCGCAUUCGCUCCAAAGGCUCUGCCAUCUCCCUGUUGUCGAAGUGGAUGUUCAACUUCUUGGUUGUGAUGAUUUCCCCGGUCGCUAUGGAUAACAUUGGUUGGAGGACAUAUACUAUCUUCAUCGUGUCGAAUUUUGUGUUUAUAUUUUUGCUUUAUGUCUUUUAUCCCAAGACAAAGGGUUUGGCUCUUAAACAGGUUGACAAGAUCUUUGAAGGGGGCGAUCCAAUCACACGAGGUGCAACGUACCGUCGUCGUCUGUAUGGCGAAGAUUUUGUGCGAGGUCUUGACGAGAAGCAAGACCAAGGCAAUGCAGGGCAUGUUGAGGACAUUGUCAAGCCAGUCUGA